AUGAACUUGAAAGAAUUGAGUUCUGAUUACAUCAACUUCAAGAAUUUUGUAUGUUCGACAUUUAAAUUCCUGCGGAAGCAAAUUAACCAGUUACUUGCUAACGUAGACUCCAUUGAGAGUAGACAUAGAAGAAAGUUCUUGCUGAUUGGAGGUGUGCCCGAAGAAGAAAAUGAGAAUGUUCGAGAAUUAGCCGUCUCUGUCUUCACGAAGAAUCUCGGCAUCAAUAACUGCACUGGUCAAUCCCUGCAAGUAUGUCACCGUCUUGGCGCUAUGACAAACAGUCGUCCCCGUCCCAUUCUCGUAAAGUUUGAAGAUAGCGCAGUCCGUCGAGAAGUGUGGUCCAAAAAGACAUUGCUCAAAGGCAGCCCCUACAUGGUGUCUGAAUAUUUAACACGUAUGUGGCAAUCACUUUUCUUAGAGGCUCGCAGACACUUUGGAAUCAGAAAUGUGUGGACUCUAGACGGAGUGAUUAAUGUCAAGCUUCCUGGAGGAUCCCGCGCCAAAGUGUUC